AAAAAACAUGUAAAAGAGAAUCACCAAUCAUAUGCAAACAACACCCAAAUUUUCCAAAAAUUCCAUGUCAACCCUCUUAACCAUCUUUACAAGCCAAUAGAAAUUCAGAAUCCACCAUUUCACGUAACCUUCAAAGCAGAAGAUAAAAUCUCUGCUCAACUCUUAUGUUUUAUAGCUGUUUUUAUUUAUAGUUGUUUUUAAAAUCAUUUUUUCCUGGCUCGGUGGUUGAAUUAUUGAAAACCGCCUUACAAAAAUCUCUUAUCCCUCCAACUUUUGAUGUUUUUUCUUUCAGAUUAAAGAGCAAAAAAGAAGAAGUAGGGUUUGAAUUCUUGAUGUUUUUGAGUUUCCAAGGAACAAAUCAUUCAUUUAGUUUUUCAUUGAGGUUCCAGAAUCUUGAUACAUUUGUCUGACUCUGUGGCCGGUGCCUGCAUUGGAUAAAUUCCCAGAUAUAGAAAGAUAUGGCCUUGACAUUUACCCCCUUGUCAUGGUUGCUUUGGAGUGGAAAGCAUCAAGAACCCAAAAUUUCCAAUGGCUCUUCUUUAAAUUCAUCACCUGAUUCGGUAUUGUGGGAAUCAGAUACUUUGAAGUUUCCUCUUGACCGCAGGAGGGACAUGGCUUCCUCAUCAAGAAGGGUUAAGCGAAAAUGGCAGAGUCGUGAGGAACGAAAGAUUGACAGGGAAUAUGAUAUUGUUAUUGUGCCAUCAGAUGGUGGAUGUGUUUCAGGGUCUGAGUCUGAUGAUUCAGAUUGGUCAGUUGGAUGGUUGGAGCCUCAUGGACCUGGAUUCCAUAGUGAUGAUGAUUUAGAUGAUAGCUUUGCUGUACUUGUUCCUUGCUAUGGCUACGGUUGUGCAAAUGUGGAAGAAAAUGCACAAGAUAAGUUUCUGCAAGCCAUCGGAAACUUGAAGGAUAUAUAUGCUACUGAGAAUAAGAAGUAUAUGGAGCAUUGGGUCUCAUCUCUGAGGAAUCACUGAAAUCCAGCAGCGCUUAUGGUGCUGUUCAAAAUUUGUUUUCUGCUGCUUCUCCUGAUUCUUUGUUGCAGUGGAUCAAACUUGAGCUGUUUUGUUACUCAUUACAAGCUUAGAUAUGAACUCUGUAGAAAUAUAAAGAUAUGAUCCUAAGACGGAAAAAAAAAAGUCUGGAAAUAAUUUAUUUGUAGAAAGAGGAGUGGGUUUGAAGGAUAUUAAUAUUCUAGGAGAAGAAACAGCAGAAGAUAGAGGUAUGAUAUUCUAGGAGAAGAAACAGCAGAAGAUAGAGGUAUGCUGCUUCUUCCAAUCCACCUGAUGCAUCUCAAAAAAUUAAAAAAUACAAAAACACGAAGAAAGAGGAACCUCCCUUUUGGUAUUUCAAUGAUAUUCUGGUAUCUGAUCUCCAGAGUUGGCUCCGAAGAUGUGACCUCUGCUUGCAUGCUUCUUCUUGAACAUUGGUAUAAGAUUUCAAUGCAAAGUGACUAGAAGGAGAUGGGAAAAAAAGGAUGAUGGAGGACACAAAUUCUUAAGAAGAGAGUAAAAAAAGGGCAUGGGUGUGUGUUAUGCUUUUAUCAUUCCUUGAUGUAAAUAUCUGUGAAUAUGUAAAUAUGUUCAUCUAGUUAUAAAUACGUCGUGUGAAGUUUGAUAACCUUUAUAAGUACUGUAAAUAGUUGUAAACCUCUGAUAGCAUUUGUUGCAAUAAUAUGCCUCUGCUGUUUAAUGGUGAUAUUUUUCUUCCCUGCUC